CUGAACAGUAAAGGAUUAACGCUAGCAACUUCCAAAGAAGUGAAGAAAAAACAAAUCAACGCAGCUAAUAGUUAAUUGAUUGAGAAAUCAAUAAAAUUUCGGUGACUUCGUACUGCAAAUAGGCGAAUAAAUCAAACAGCUAUCUAGCAUUCGUUCUGUGGCUUACGGAGAAGCACCGAAUCAUAUAAUUUAAACUGACGACCACUCCAGCAUGGGUACCCUACCGCAGCUAGCCAUUAUCAAGGGACAACAGCGCAGUUUGACCCCGGCACUGCUUCAUAGAACGAUCGAAGCCAAUGUGGAUCAGUUUUGCGGAACCAACACAGCACUCAUAUAUAACGACGAUACGCACGGUCGGAUCAAAACAAACUACAAUGUGCUCAACUCAACGGCAAACCGAUUGGCAGCGGCCGCCCUCGAGGAGAUCCUGCAGCGACACAAGUCCAAACCGAAUCGCGACGGUGAUUUCAUCGUGGCAGUUUGCAUGCAUCCCACUGAUCGGCUGGUGAGCACGUUGCUAGCUAUUUGGAAAGCCGGAGCCGCAUACCUGCCGCUCGAUCCGACAUUUCCUGCGAACCGAAUCGAACAUAUCCUGAAGGAGGCUCAACCGGUGCUGGUGAUACACGAAGACUACAGCAACGUGACCGUGUUUGGCAAAACUCCUGCAGUAGCGUAUACGGAGCUGCGUAGAAAUGCUAGCGAUCUCAGCAAUGCGAACAUUCUACCGGAGCAAAUGCUAGGAUCUGGAAAGAACGAACUGGCGUUGGUGCUGUACACCUCUGGAAGCACAGGUGUUCCGAAAGGUGUACGAUUGAACCACACAACCAUUCUCAACCGGCUGCAGUGGCAGUGGAAUCAGUUCCCCUAUUCGGAAACGGAGAAAAUUGGUGUCUUCAAAACUGCCCUAACCUUUGUCGACUCCGUGACAGAAAUUUGGGGUCCAUUGCUCAAAGGAAUGUCAAUCGUGGUAGUACCGAAGAAAAUCACAAACAAUCCGGAACAACUGGUUGAUCUGCUGGAAGAGUAUAAAAUCGAACGCUUAGUUCUGGUUCCGACUUUACUUCGAUCAUUGCUCCUGUACCUGCCGAUGCAGAAGAAAAAACUGCUGUACAACCUACGAAUUUGGGUUUGCUCCGGAGAGCCGCUGCAGAUAUCACUGGCGAAGGAGUUUUUCGAUUACUUUGAAGAAGGUGUCCAUCAGCUUUGCAACUUUUACGGUUCAACCGAGGUCAUGGGUGAUGUGACUUACUUUGUGUGCGAAUCGAAAAAGCAACUCAGCAACUUUGAGAAAGUUCCUAUAGGCUAUCCACUGGAUAACACUGUGAUAUAUAUUGUUGAUGGCAAGCUGGCCCCCGUCAAACCAGGUGAGGUCGGGGAGUUGUUCGUUUCCGGUUCGAACCUGGCCCAAGGCUACGUAAACGGACGCGAUCCGGAACGAUUCAUCGAAAAUGCUUUUGCCGUUGAUCCCGUUUACUCGCGGCUUUAUCGCACCGGAGAUUACGCAUCGGUAAGCAAGGGUUGUAUUUUCUACGAAGGUCGAACCGACUCGCAAAUCAAGAUCCGCGGACACCGUGUUGAUCUGUCUGAGGUGGAGAAAAAUCUCCUAGCACUUCCAGGGGUCGACAAAGGUAUAGUGCUGUGCUAUCAUGCGGGUGAGCUCGAUCAGGCUCUGCUGGGAUUCAUCACCGUCCAAAAGGAUUGCAUGCUCCAAACCGGGCUACAGGUUGAAAGUGUCCUCGAGAGCAAACUGGCACACUACAUGAUUCCACAAGUCAUCAUUUUGGAUAGCAUUCCGCUCCUGGUUAAUGGAAAAAUUGAUAGACAAAGCUUGCUGAAAAUGUACGAAACAACCAACAAUAAUGACGACACCAACAUCGAGAUCGAGUACGACUACACGGGUGUUCCGGAGCAUAAAAUGUCCCUGGCGAAAGAUCUGUUCACUACUGUCGGUGACGUUAUUGGCCGUGCCAUACGAGCCAAAAUUUCAUUGCAGAGCAAUUUUUACGAAUUAGGAGGUAACUCGUUGAACUCGGUCAUCACCGUGACACAGCUCUGCCAAAAAGGGCACAUAAUCAGUAUAACCAGUUUUAUCGGAGCGGAAAAUCUGGAGGAGAUCCUGAAUAAAAUGUACGACAAUCAACAGCACCUUGCAGAAAACGAACGGAACGGCAACCUGUCGCCAAGCAUUGGUCUGGAGUUCGAAUACAAAACUCUGUUUACUUCACAUCAACUCGCCGACGAGCAUAAAGAAGAUGCGAUCAACAUACUGACGUAUAGUUUCUACGAGAAAGCCGAAUUGGAACGAUGGAUCAAACCCUUGAUCAGAGAACAGGAUUACCGGGAUAUUCUGGAAAAAAUAUGGGAUGUAUUGAUCGAAAAACAGCUCAGCUUCAUUAUUAAGGAACCCAACGGCAAGUCGGUAGGCGUAUCUCUAAACUUCGAUGCAUAUGAUGAACCAGAACCGGAAAUAGACAACAAUCUGUGCAUAAUAUUCGAAUUCUUAGAUUACGUUGAACGACCAAUCAAAGAGGAAAAACUUCCGAAGGGAACGAAAGAAAUUCUACACUCAUUCAUGAUGGGAACGUGCGCUGAUCUAAGCGCACAGGGGAACAUUGAGGCUAUGCACUUUAUGGAGAGUGAAGUACUGAAAAUGGCAGUGAAACGGAACUUCGGCGGAAUCCUAACCACCAACACCAGUCCACUAACGCAGCAGCUUGGCUCCAAUGUUUACAAAUAUGAAACCAUGCUGGACUACAAGAUCAAUCAAUGGGUGCACUCGGACGGAUCGCAACCCUUCGGAAAGGCACCGGACGACGAGCGGGUCAUUGUUCACUGGAAAGACGUUCGAAACAUGCAAACGAACGCUAACUAG